UCUGGGCCACCUGCGCGUUCGCUCUCCACACGGGGUCGCCUCUGCAUAGUCCCAUCGGAGAAGCCGGCGCCGAGCAAGCGCUGCUCAGCUCGAAGUUUAUUGACUCUGACGACGUGCAGAGCAUGAUCCCUGACGUGUCCGCCCUGAUCCGUCUGAACAUGCUCGAGUCUCGGAGCCGGGAACAGGCUGCUACGCCCCCCAGCGACUCCGCCGGUGAGAUCCGUGCCGCAGGGGAGGAGCAGCGGCAAGCGGCGUACGCGGAUUAUCUGGUGGUGCUUUCCAAAUGCGCUGCCGGCUUCCAACGGGAUGUGACCAAUCAAACGCACUCCACAAAAGUGUACGACUACAGAACUCUGCAUCAGGCUCUCGAAAAGCUGAUCGAUUCGGCGUUGUACAAGACGGCGGGCGAGAGAGCGGACAACGUCGUGUUUGCUGCUCGCCUGAUGAUCAGCCCGUUCGCCCAGAUAUCGAAGUAUCCCCAUUGGCCGCUGUGGGGUCUUGGGCCGUUCCUUGUCCGCCAUCCGUCCCUCGCCACCUCCGACCCGGAAUUCGACUCUAAGCAUCAUUACACCCGAUUCCUGUGCCAUAAGAUAUGCAAGAACUUGAAGUACCGAGACAACCCACAGGAAUCCGUCGACGCGCUCCAGCUGAUUUAUCGGAGAUUGCUCGAGUCCGAUGGGCCACCGAAUGACUUUGAGACCCAUCUUCGGGUCCUGCGCACUCUGCGCGCUGAAGCGGCGGCCGUCCGCACACACCGUUUGGCUGCCAUCGUCCAGUCCGUCGUGCUCAAAUGUUUUGGGCUGGGUUUAUCGGAAU